UUUUUUAUAUAUAUAUAUAUAUAUAUAUAUAUAUACAUACAUAUAUAUACACUUAUAAAUAUAUAUACAGUGGGUUUUUAUGUAAAAUGUAGCUGCUGGCUUGGCCUUGAUUAAAAGUAGAAAAAUGUGGCUGGUGAAAUUACAGAGAAAUUGUGAAAGUAACCGGUUUAGAGAACCCAACAUGUUUAUAUUGCGUAAAAUGUGAGGCAAUCGAAUAGAUUUAGAACAUGAAAGGCCAAACAGUGAUGCCAAAUAGAACAGACUGACUUGAUUUUUAGUGUAUCAGAAGGAGGGAUUGUGCAUCUGAGGACCAAUGUUUAAUUUGACACUACAGUUACCUAUAGAUGCUAAGCCAUGUUUAACAGAGUGUCAACAAACCAAACUUUCACAUUUCAGAGAGACACUCUUCUCUGUUCAGCAUUUCUACAUAUCUGCAAUUUCUGAACUGUGGCAUCAGAUAUGAAGUGAUAUUCUAGCGGGGUACACUGGAUAAUCAAACUUAUCAUAAACAAUGUUAUAUCUGUUAAAAUUUGUAAUUGUCACAGAGCUUUCUAGUUUGGAAGUGUAAUCCACUGCCGCUGCUCACAGAAUCCGUCCAUUUAGCAAAACGUGCAAAUGGUUUCUGCAUUUCUAUCCACUCUCGUGUUUCCAGACGACCUGACUGCAACCUGGCAGGGAUGUUUAGUUUGUGUAGUUAUUAGGGAAGAAGCGGUCAGUCUGGGAGAAUUUAUAGAAGACUGUUAUUCUUGUUGUUGAUGCUUUUUUGUGUGUGUGAGUCUCUCAUCUUCACUUUCUUCAUGCCCUGUUUGUCUCAAAUGUUCAUAUGUUCGUGUAUGCUCCUGCUGCAUGUCAUCCAUCUGUAUACAAUAGAAUCUGCUCACUCUCAAACUGUCAUUCUAAUAAAUCAAACUGCCAUGAUUUAUUUCUUUAUUUUCUCUCCUUUAAAUUAAAGCAGAAGUGUUAAAAGGCAGGAAUGUACAAGUUGAGUAUACAAUAUACUCUUUUGUUACAGCAGUGAACAUAAUAAUUUUAGUAGUAGUUAAUAGUAAAUAUAAAGGAAAACAUUUAAAAGUCAGCUAAACAAACAAUUGUAAAAAAACAAACAAACAACAACAACCAAAAAACAGAUGUUUCCCUGGCAAGAUGGUGCAGUGGUUAGCACCAUCACCUCACAACAAGAAGGUCCAUGGAUCAAAUAGCCUUCUCUCUUCCUGUAGUCCAACGAUGAGGUUAGGCUAAUUUCUGAUUCUAAACUGGCCACCAAUUUAGAAUCAUAAAGUAACUUAAAAUAACCUUAUCUGAGUUUGUUUGAAGCUUUAAACUCAAAUCUUUCUCAGUUGUUUCCUGUUUUACUUCUCACCAGAGUAAUUGUGCAGUAGUAUUCUGUUUUUCAUCAGUUUUAUUUUCUAUGUGAUUUUUAAUUGUAUAUUAGUAAAUUCAGUUAAGUUUCUGUUAUUUCCCCGGAGGGAUCAGUUGGUUUGAGUUUUGAUUAGUUUUAGUGUGAAUUUAAUUUUUUUUCUUCAAAAUAUUAGUGGUGCCAGAUACUAUUAUUUUAAUAAUGUGCUUAUCUAAACCUCCUAAAUCUUACAAAUUCUUGUCACACAGUCAUCCCAGUCAGGUUAACCGUCUGCAUUAAUGUCUCUUCGGUCUGCUUGUGCUGGAAAAUUUGACAAACCACAAAACCAUUUUUUAUGUUUUUUUUUAUUUAUUAAUUUUUCGUUUGAUUGAAUUUUUAGUUCCGUUGGCCAGAAUGUUUCUUUUUUUUUACACUAAGUGUUACUUUUUAGUUUAAUUCACUAUAUUAAAAAAAAACUUGCUUUUUGUGGAAGUUUUUUUUCAUGCCACCACUUCAGAAAAUCCAAAUCAUGCCAGGUGAUAAGUACGUGACCAACUGUUAACAUUUGUCCCAAACUGCUGCUGCGUCCGCCUAAAUAUAAGGCUGACAGGAACACCCAAGAAGAAUAACCAGAUCUCUUAAAGUUUAUAUAAUCUGUGAUAAAUUUAUGAUAAAAUGACGCUUGUGGUGGAUUAAUGGACAGGCGUUCACCGUCGAUGCCUUAAAUGCAGAAAAGGGGUCCUGUCUGUUUGCGCAUGUCCGACAGAUGAUGCUGCUUUAGCAGACAGCAGCACGAAGAGCUGACACGCUGAUUACAAUCCUUAUCAACGUUAUGUCGCCACAAAAUGAAGUUUCCUUACUCAAAGAUUCCUGAGGACAGGAGACUUCAUCUGAAACCUCGGGGAAAUUGUGCCAAAAUAAACGCACCUUUGUGUAUGGUGAGGAAAAGGUGUCCCGUGCUGCAUUAGUUGAAGAGUGACAUGCUGGCCCGCCUGCCAGCAUCAGUUAAGCCUACCAUCAGACUACUUUCCCGCACGCAGAUGAACACUGGACCUCCAAAAUGGGAAACUACACAGAAAAUGAGAUCUGCCAGCUAUCCAACCCCAGCAGAGUUGGAUGCCUAUGCUAAGAAAGUUGCCAACAACCCUUUGACCAUCCAGAUCUUCCCGAGCAGCGUCAAAGUACCUCAAAAGAAGCACAUUCGUCGCACAGUCAACGGGCUUGACACAUCCUUGUCCAACCAACGCCAGAGUCCCUACUCCUCUCAGGUCGGCACCAGUGGGGGCCUGCUGGCUGUCCUCUGUGCACCUGUCAAAAACUCAGACACUAGCCACACCCGACAACUACAUAAUUCAGUCAUGAACCCUCACAGUGGGCCCUACACCACUGAAAGCACUUUAAACCAUCCUCAGCCUGCUCCUCACCUACAGGGUCCGUCUCAGUCUGCACUCCAGAAGCAAAACUUGGUUCACCCUCAAGCACUACAGCAACAGCACCGUUUGACUCAUCCAAUGGCUUUGCAGCAGCCUCACCCACAAGCUUUACAGCAAAGGAAUAUGGCUCGUUCACAAGCUCUCCAGCAGCAACAGAGCUUGUCCCAGAUUCAGGCGCCACAGCAGCAGAGAUUGGCUCAUCCACAGGGUAUGCAGAGACAGCAGAGCCUCCCUCACACCCAGACUGUGCAGCAGCAGCCACAGCAGGGCCAGUCAUGUUCGUCAGUUGUACCACAGCAGCAUCUUUCUCAUCUGCAGUCACUAAAGCAUCAGGUGGCUCCUCCACAAGCUUUACAUUCACAGCAAGGAGUGACUCAGGAUCUGCGCCACAUAUCUGAUGGAUCUCAGCUUCCGAGCAUGCAGCACACCCAGGGGCUAGUUGGGUCGCAGGCCCUUCCCCAGGCUGUUGCUGCAGGCCCUCCUACCAUGCCUAAUUGCCCCCAGCAAGCCCGACUGGGACCUUAUGGGCCACAGAAGCUCCCUGACCCAGAUGCCCCACCAAAUAUAACUGUAUCUACCUCCACCAUCCCACUGUCCAUGGCAGCCAGCCUGCAUCAGAACAGACCCGGUGACCUGAGCAUCAUUGUGCACCAAAUCAACCAACUGUGUCAGGCUCGGGCCGGUAUGGGCACCACCUCAGUCUGUGAGGGACAGAUUGCAAACCCCAGCCCCAUUAGCCGCAACCUGCUCAUCAAUGCCAGCUCAAGGGUGUCCUCUCACCACCCAGCUCUGGGCAAUGUACCCAGCAGCCUCAUGGUGGGACCACCAGACAAAGCUGCAGCCCAAGCUCCCAGCAUUUCUCUCAAUUCACAGCAGAGUAUAGCUGCUGCUAAUAGUGUACCUGCUUUUCACACUAACCCUGAGAAGGUGGCGCAGCAGCAGCUUCAGCACCAUUUACAUCAGCAGAAACAACAGCAGCAGCAGCAACAUUUUCAGCAGCUGCAGCAGCUGCAGCAGCAGCGCUCCUGGGCUCAGCAUCAGUUAGCCCACAUGCAGCAGCCUCCUGAGGGGGCCAAUCCUUGCAAGAAUCCAAGGAUGGAACCUCCAGCUGAGUGUGCUUUCCCCUCCAGAAACCUCUCCUACAGCCACAAGCUACCAAACAGUGCACAGAGCUUUCCCCUAAAUCAUCCUGCAGAAAAACCGCAACCCUCAUCCCCUGUUAAAUGCCCAGCAAGUUCUAUGCCUUACAUUAAUGGCCACUACAUGAAGCCACCGUGGAGCAGCGUUCAAGCAACAGCAGGAAACAAUGGCCCUCAAGACCUCUCAGUGGCUUUCCAGGGAGGGCAGGCUGCUUCCAGAGACAGAAUCCCAGGGGCAAAGUAUAGGCCAGGGAAGGAGGGUCCUAAUGACCAGUCAGAGCUGAUGCAGAAUGUGGAUUUCUUAGGUGGGGAUUUUCAGAUGCCCAGCUUUCAGGAGCAGAAUGUGGAUGCAAUGGGGAAUAUACACAGGUCCGCCAGGAGCCAAGUUCAGGAACCUGGCAGCAGCGGAGCAGUCCAUGCUCAUCGCCCAGGCUACUGUUAAAUGUGCGUUGAUGCCCAUGUGGCGUGUACUGAAUUUUGUUUUUGUUCUGGUCUACAGCUGCUUUCAGCUUCUGUAUUUUACUCUUUAAAACCUUCAAAGUGAGCAGUUAAAUUGCAUUGCUUCAGAGCUUGAUUUGGAGACCCACCAAGUGUGAUGUUUCAAAGUAUUCCUCAGGUCUUAAGCCAUGUCGUACUUGUUGCAGAUGAAGGGUUUUUGAGAUCGUUGUCGACUGUUUUAUCUCUGGCACAGAUGUGCUGCUGUUUGUUCAUAUAUCUAUGGUGUUCAGAAAUGUUAAUUUGCAGCUGAGACUAUGCUUGCCUUAUGAUUGUCACAGUGCUUUUCAUAGGUUGACAUGGAACAACUCAACUUUUAUUAGCAUGUGUGGCCUUAGAACUGCCCAGAGGCAAGAUAGAAUAGGAUGUCUUUGUGUGAUGUUUUUAUUUGCAAUUAUUUAUCUUCCUAACAGCUUUGAUCCAUUUGAAUGGGGGUUACUUGUAUAUGCAAUUAUUAGGACUGUUGACAGUGCUCAAUCCCAUAGCUGCAGUGUACAUUUGUAAAGGGGUCUGGGUGUGAGCCAGAGCUUCCCUAUCAGGAAUACUAACAUGGCUUCUGAACGAUAUUGUUGGUGGUCCAGGUGAUUUUUGACAUUGCUCUUGGUGGGAUGUUUUUUUUGUUUUUGUUUUUUUUUUUUAAGGAAGAAAAAACAAACCCUGCCAGAACUAGCAAAAUCGGUAACCUUCUCCAUUUCUGAGAUUCUUGUUGUGUGGGAGUUCUUUUUAAAUGUUUAUUUUUUGUUGUUGUUUUUGCAUUUCUGUACAUUGUCUUACUUGAAUCAUAGAAUUUGCUUUUAAAUGUCAUGCUUAACAUUUGGAACAGGGGCAGAAAGUCUCAUUAGCUCCCCACAUGUUAAUCUUUAGGCAAUGUGAAACAGAAUGGGUCCCAUUACUUUAAACUGAGCGUGUCUGUAUGUGAAAGGUAAACUGAUCAUGUGCAUGCAUGCAAGUACGUCAGCUCAUGCUACCGGGGAAAAUGUCAUUUCCCUUGAGCACAGGUUGUCACCAUUUUACUACUGUAAUGCAAGUGAAUUGAUGUGGCGUGGAUGUUUCCUUUUCUGUGGGGCUUGUGGUUAGUUGUUCACCUACUUGUCACCUGCCUUACCACGUGUCGUAUUUCUGUGACCUACAGAGAAAGAACUAAGAACAUGUAAUGCAGGUCAUGUUGUACUAGAUGUACCAUAGUUGAUGUUGUCUGGGCUUGUGUUGCUGUAUUAACCUCAAGCCUUCUGGAAAAAGCCUUAAAUGACACACUAGUUAUAGUCUACUUUAACAGUUUCUUUGCCAGGAUCACAACUUGUGUAUGGCUGUGAGGAAGGUUGUUUGUUUUUUCCUUUUUUUUUUUUUUGUUGUUUUUUGCCCCUGAACUUUGGUUUCCCUGUUUAAAGCUAAUGUUGGAUUAUUUGGGAGGUGUUAACAUGGACAGGCAGUAGGAAUGGAUGAUAUUGCCAUAAGGUAAUAAUGCUACUCAUCCCAGAUUAUAAAGCCCUCAUCCUUCUGUCUGAAAUGUUGCCUAUCUAAGGAUUUAGGAUGGUGGAGAAAAAAAUGACUUGAUAGCAGAUUUAAUAGGUAUUUAGCCCAGGGAUGUAGCAGUUAUUUUAAGGUAUUUGAACUGUUUUUAGUUGUUACAUGUAAUAUCCUCAUAGUUUAAUUUAUUUUUUGGACCACUGCAUCCUGAAGCCAUAGGUAUUUUCACAUUAGGUGCCAUAGGUGACAUUCUGAUGCAGGCAAUAGGUUUGCAUCAUUGCUUUAAUGUCUUUCACAACAGCAGUUCUUUUUUUCCUAACUGAAUUGUUCUCAGAACAUCGUACAGAUUAAAAGGGAGAAAGAAUUGCAAGAUAAAUCUUCAAAGAGACAAUUCUCUUACAAGCUGUAGCUUUUCUGGAGUUCAGUCUUUGUACUUAAUGGCAGUUUUUUUUUUUUUUUAAUUACUUUUUAGUUUAGGUUUUUAGUUUUUUUUUCUGGCUCUCAGUUUUGAUGUGCCUGCCCCCUGAAGCUGCUAUUAAAUUAAAUCUUGACACACACGUAUGAUCUGUGUGUGUGUGUGUGUGUGUGUCUGUGUGUCUGUGGUGAUGAUAUGGGCUGUAUCAGUGAAACAAGUUCCUAUUUAUUUGAUGGGUGAAAGUUGUCACCAGUCAAAUGCAGGUAUGUUUGGCUGUUUGUAUGUCUUACGAGCCAAAUUUUAAAGAAGAUUAUGUAUUAAUGAAUUAAAACUGACCAGUAUUCAAGGUGGCAGAGUGAAGUCUGACCCACUGUGGCCUAAAGACCUUCCAAGCCUGUUUGAGUUUCUUUAACAUUAAGUUGACUGGGUGAAAACACUAAAGGAUUAGACAGACCCGCCCUGUUAAUGUUGAACUGCCUCGUUACAGCCCACCACAGUCAGGUUCUGCAGUUUCAUAUGAAGUGCCUCCACUGGGUGUAGUAUGGAGAAGUGUGUGUGUGUGUGUGAGUGAGACUGAGUGCUUGCGUGUAUGUUAAGCUUGGGUACUUGCACACAGGUGUGCAUGCUGACAGAGGUGCACAAAGUUGAUCUCUGAUGGGGGGGACCAAGCUGCUUAGUAUAACUACUGAUACUGUGUCAUGGACUGAAGUCCUGGAGUGUGCCACGAUUCCCAAACACUGUCAGGAUGUGUGAACUGUUUGCUGCUGACUCACUGACCAAAGUGACCAGAAGUCCCUCUCUAACCACUCUGGCUGAAAGCCUGUAAAAGCUUGUUAAUGAGCAGCAACCUGGUGACCUAACAAAAAGCUGCUGGGGUUCAAUAAAGUCGUGUGAAGUAAACGUAACGAUGUGAAAUGCGCAUUUAUUUAAAAAAAGGAAAAAGACAGAGGAAAAAAACAAAAAACAAAACUAAAUGACUUUAAAAAAAAAAGAAAAAAAUCUAGAGUGAGUCGUUCCUUUCUGCAGAGUGCACCUCAAACGUUCUGGCUUUACCCAGAAAUCUGGAAAUGCAUUAAAAUACAGAAAUAUUGUUCAAGAACCGCAUCAAGAAUCACAUCUACUUAAGGAUGUUGUAGCUCAGCUUUUAAGUUGAUUCAGAUGGCAAUAUUUACUGGGGCACAGACAUAACAACUCUCUCUAGAUUUUGACUGAUUUAUAUAAUUGUCUUUGGUUAUCAAAGACAUGUUGUGAACAGUGGUGGAGGGGGGGCUUACUUUCUCUACUUUGAAAAUGUGAUAUUCCACUUUUGCCUAACCUUCAGGAAGAAAUGUCUUGCACAAACAUUCCCCUAACCAAAAUAAAGUUUUCAAACACAGC